AUGGGUAUUAUGAAAAUAGGAGAAAUUGCUCCUGAAUUUACACUUCCAAAUAAAGAUGGAAAAUUAUUUAAUCUAAAAGAUUUUGCCGGUAAACCUCUAGUUAUAUUUUUUUAUCCAAAUAAUAUUGGAUGGGUUUGUACUCGUGAAGUUUGUUAUUUUAGAGAUAGUUAUGAAAAAUUUAUUGAAAUGGGUGCAGAGGUACCUGGCAAUAGUCCAAACACAAUGGAUAAUCAUAAAAAAUUUCAUGCUGCUCAUAGAGUCAACUAUACUAUAUUAUCAGAUAAAAACGGAGCGAUUGGGAAGCUAUAUGGAGUAAAUGGUCUACUUCCUGGUAGGGUAACAUUUGUUAUUGAUAAAAACGGCAAGAUUGCUUUAAAUCAUCAUACUUCCUGGUUAUCCCAUUCAUCACAUAUUGAAAACUCUUUGAGUGUAAUAGAAUUAUUAAAUUCUCAAUAA